AUGGCCUCCAACAUACUCUUCCUGCCGUUUCGACGGUCCCACGCCGUCAACCUCACCGAAGCCAUCAAGCAGUACAUAUCCUCCAAAUAUGACCAGCAUCCGGACAUGUUCACCAAGGACCUGGAGACGAUCGAGAAACUCCGCUCCGUCGCCGUACAUGCCCAAGAACCGCACCCGAGCAACAUCCCGAAACUACAGCAGUACGCGGCACAGCUCAUAUGGCUAAGCGGGAAGUUUCCAAUCGACAUCGGCGUCGAGUUCCCAUGGUAUCCAGCGCUGGGUUACAAUACAAGUCGCCCAGCAUCCCGUAACAACCUUCGCUUCGAACUCGCGAAUAUCUUGUACAACCUCGCAGCCAUGUACUCGCAACUGGCUAUGUCGUCGAACCGAAGCACACCAGAUGGGCUGAAGGUGGCAGCCAACAACUUCUGCCUAGCUGCUGGCGUACUAUCACACCUGCGGAACAGCGUCCUGCCUGAGCUGCGGACCGAGCCCCCCGAGGACAUGGACCUUAUGACGCUGGAGUGCUUGGAGAAGCUGAUGCUGGCACAGGGCCAGGAGUGCUUUUGGCAAAAGGCUGUCAAGGAUGGGCUCAAGGAUGCAACCAUCGCCAAACUAGCAGCACGCGUAUCGGACCUAUACAACGAAGCGGGCGAAGCGGGCAUACAAUCCGACGCCAUCAGUAGCGAAUGGAUACACCACAUGACGGCAAAGCACCACCACUUUGCUGCUGCUGCCCAAUAUCGAGCUGCUUGCGAUGCUCUGGAGAAACGAAAAUAUGGAGAAGAGGUGGCACGUUUACGUGAUAGUCUCACAUGCGUAAACGAUGCCCUAAAGGAGCAGCGAUACAUCAACAAGGUUGUUCUUGCAGACCUCAAUGGGCUGAAGACUCGGGUUACAGAAGACUUGAAGCGCGCGGAAAAGGAUAAUGACAUGAUCUACCUGCUACCCGUCCCUCCCAAAGCCGAGUUGAAGAUCCUGGACAGGGCGAACAUGGUGGUGUCCAGGGUGCCCAAGGAAAUAGCCGAGUCUAACGCACUCCUUGGAGACCACGGUGAACUCGGACAGGCCCUCUUCUCAAAACUGGUCCCAUACUCGGUACAUUUGGCGGCUAGCAUAUACGUGGAUCGCCGCGAUAGACUGGUCAAUAAUACCAUCAUCGAAGAACUUGAGGCACUUUCGACCCAGAUCCACGAGGUUCUACGCAGUCUCAACCUUCCUGGCUCGCUUCAGGCGCUUGAGAAGCCACUCGGACUACCGCCGGGCCUCAGCACCCAUGCCGACGAGAUCCGCCAGCAAGACGGCAUUAAUCGACUGCUACGCUCAAUGGAGGACACCAAGAAGCUCAUGUAUACUGAUCAGGCCAUCUACCAGGAAGGUGUUGAUAUACUCAGGUCGGAGGCAGCAGAGGAUGAAGGCGCCCGCCGAAGGUAUGGUACAGCGCUUUGGACUCGGCAAACAGCUGAGCAAGCCGCUCCCAAGCUAUACGCUCAAAUCAACGAGAUCGAUGGCUACUUUAAAGCUGCCACAAACAGCGACAACAUUGUCAAAACGAAGUUGAAUGAGAACGAGCAUUUUAUUCGGUUACUCAGCGGACCGGAUCAUGACCUCGAGAAUUAUGUACCCAGUGGCCGGAGGCCUGCGAUCACCGGGGACGUAGAGCGAGAAGCUGGGAAGUUGCGAGGUUGUUUCAACGAAGUCAGCCGAUUGGAGAGCAGGCGACGACGGAAGAUCGAAGCCUUGAGGACGAAGGCGAAGCAAGAUGACAUAAAUCCGGAACUGCUGCGCGAAGCCGCUCGCUUAGAGCGGGAGUACCCUAUGCAAACUAUUGAGGCUGUACAGUUUGAGGGUCUUUUUGAUAAGCGAUUACAAAUGUACGACGUUGACCAAGAUAUGGUCCAGGACGAAGAGAAGGACCAAGCAGCAGCCAUUAAGCGGCUUCAAGAUGCCAAUGCCGCCUUCUUGAUCACUCGCCGGGGAGACCAAUCGACGAAGAAGCGGGAGCAGGCAUUGCAAAGCCUAGAGAAUGCGUACUUCAAGUACAAAGAGAUCAUUUCGAAUCUCGAUGUGGGUCGGAAGUUCUACAAUGACUUGGCCAAGAUUGUGAAUCGGUUUCGGGAUGACGCACGCAGCUUCGCAUACCAGCGGAAAUCAGAAGCGUCCGCACUUGAGAAUGACCUCGCAACCCGAAUGAACUCUCUCAGUCUGCAGCAAGCGAACUCGGAAUCGUUACACCAGCAGAAAAAAGCAGACGCACAGAACCCGCAAUACGGUGCUGAGGCACAUGCAGAAGCGCCUUUGGCUGCCCCGACGCCCACAAGAGCUGGUGUUGCACCCACAUCCGGCAUGUGGACCCCUGAAGUGGGAAUCCGAUUUGGGGGAGUGCCUACGACGUCUGGGAACUCUCGGCCUACCAAUGGCCCUUCUCAGGAUGGGCGAUGGGACCCAGCGAAGGGAUUGAAAUUCGGGUAG